UUUGUCUGUUUUUAAUCAAGAAUAGAAAACAGAGGAGCCGUGGAGGUGCAGGUCGGAGAGGCCGGGCUACGCUGUGCCCUGCGCGUGAGCAGCUGCAGCGGCGGCAUCCAGCGGCGGUGUCUGCAGUUCCAGCCCGUUGCUUUACUUUUUAGCUGCACGAACGUAGUCAUUAUGCCGAAGAGAAAGUCUCCGGAGAAUACAGAGGGCAAGGAUGGAUCCAAAGUAACUAAACAGGAGCCCACCAGACGGUCUGCCAGAUUGUCCACGAAACCUGCUCCACCCAAACCUGAACCUAAACCAAGAAAAACAUCUGCUAAGAAAGAACCGGGAACAAAGAUUAACAAAGGUGCUAAAGGGAAGAAGGAGGAAAAGCAAGAAGCUGGAAAGGAAGGUACUGCACCAUCUGAAAAUGUUGAAACUAAAGCUGAAGAGGCACAGAAAACUGAAUCUGUAGAUAACAAGGGAGAAUGA